AUGAAUGCAGAAGAGUCUCUGGCAGAUGAGCUGAACACCUUCUACGCUCGCUUUGAGGCUGCAGCUAACGAUGCUAAUGCUACAGCUAAUGCUAAUAGCUGCAGACAGGAAGAGGAUGCCAACACCGGAAGUGUGUUCAUCAUCUCCGAGCAUGACUCGGCAAGCCCCAUGUGCUUCAAAGAGUCCAUCAUUGUUCCUGUCCCGAAGAAGCCCCAUCCUGUUUCCCUCUAUGACUACCACCCUGUAGCCAUGACCUCAGCGGAGCACCUGGUCAUUGGGAGGAGGGAUGGUCUUCCUCAUGGCUACAUUGUUGUGUACCUCAAACCCAGCAUAGAAGUCAUUCAGCGCUCCUGGGAGGGAGGCGUCACUGUCAUGUAUUUGGCCCAGGCUGUUUUUAAUGCCAUCUUUUCCCCUGCUCUGAAGGCGGAGUCUCUAGAGUUCAGAGAAACAGAGUACAAGUGUUGGGCAAACAGGAGAAAUUACCACAACAGCUAUGACACAGAGCUCAGUGAUCCUGUCAAGAUUACAGUGAGAGAAAGACCACGGGCAGUACUGAAUGUAUCUCUACAGAGCUGGCUGACUGAAGGAGACUCAGUGACUCUAAGCUGUGAGGUUACAGACUCCUCUACAGACUGGACAUUCAGCUGGUACACAGUUGUUCCCUACAGAGACGGCUUAACUGGAAUAAAUAAUAAUGGUGGCUAUAGCGUGUAUGUGGAGCUCCUCUCAGACAGCAGCAGAGGAUCUGGAGGCAAAUACACUCUCAGUCCUGCUGCUCUUAAUCACACAGGAGUUUAUAUGUGCAGAGGAGAGAGAGGAGAACCAGCCCUUCACUCACAGUACAGCAAUCCACAGCCACUAUGGAUCACUGGUGAAUCUCCUCCAGUCUCUCUGAUCAUCAAUCCCAGCAGAAUUCAACACUUUACUAAUGACUCUCUCUCACUGAGCUGUGAGGACCAGAGUAACUCUACUGGAUGGACAGUGAGACGAUACACACACAGUGAGAGAGUGUUAGAUUGUUCACACUGGGGAUCAGUUACAGGAUCUACAUGUAACAUCAGCUUCCUCUCCACAUCCUACACUGGAGUUUACUGGUGUGAGUCUGAAUCUGGAGAAAACAGUAAUCCUGUCCACAUCACAGUGCAUGAUGGUGAUGUGAUCCUGGAGAGUCCUGUCCAUCCUGUGACUGAGGGACAUCCUCUGACUCUACGCUGUUUAUAUCGCAACCCAAAUCCCUCAAACGUCCGAGCUGAUUUCUAUAAAGAUGGAUCAGUUCUCCAGAACCAGAGUACAGGAGAGAUGAUCAUCCAAACUGUCUCAAAGUCAGAUGAAGGUUUCUACCACUGUAAACACCCAGAGAGAGGAGAGUCACCCCAAAGCUGGAUCUCAGUCAGAUGUGAAAAAACAGUUUCAGGUUCCAGUGGUUUAACAGUAGGACUGGUUGUGGGUUUGGGAUUUUUGUUCAUCGCUAUUCUGAUCUUAAUGAUCCUGCUGUGGUUCUGCAAAAGAAAAAAAGAAAAGCAGCAGAAAACCAAUCAGACAUCAGAUCAGAAUCAGAUCCGGUCAGGAGCUGAAGACUCUCAGUCAGGACACACACCACUUCAGGCUGGUCAGACACUGUCUCAAUGA